GCGUCAACAGUUCAAGCUGGACCCUAACGGUAUCAUCCGAGUAUGCCGUUCCUGCCUAUCUUAGCAUGCCAUACUCUGAACUGUAACUCCCGAUGUCAAAAUUAAACCCGCGCGCCUUUCUUACACGCGUGUAUGUACCUUGGCCUUGCCAUUCCUCUAAUGAACUUCGAAUUCCCGCAUGUCAUUCUACUAUUCGCAUUCCGUCGGAACUUCCUCAUGCUCACUGCCCUUUACCCACAACGGCCACGACUACAGCCAACAACCAUCUCUACAACCGUGGUGGCCUCUCUGUUAUGACAUCAACAUCGCAUUCCCCAGAACUCAGUCCGGUUGCAUCUCGAACUUCCUCCGAAUCUAUACGUUCUGACUCGACGCAUGAACAUUCACGGUCUAUCUCGGACAUCGAGGAGACGAUAGAGGAAACCUGUUACAUAUGCGAUGUUAUCCCUCACAAAGGACGAGGCCUCGUCGCUAGUCGGUCGCUCAAGCGCGGAGAGCUGCUCUUCACCGAGCCUCCGCUAUUCUCGUUCCCACUGUCUCCUCCUCCAAACAAUUCGAGCAUCAUGAUCGCAUUGUCACAAUGCUCGAGAGAGCAACAACAACAGUAUUUCACACUUGCAAACUCUUUCAAGGAGAAGAAAGAAAUACUACCUGCACAAGGGAUUUUCCUAUCCAACUACAUCCCAUAUCGUGACGCGAAUAGUGGCUCCGGUGAAGACGAAAGCGGAGAGAGGGGAGGAAUCUUCCUCUUCGCGUCGUACUUUAAUUCCUCUUGUACGCCCAAUGUCUCAAGGUAUUGGGAUGCAUCAAAAAGGGUCAUGAUGUUUCGUACCUUGUGGGACAUUGAAGAUGGAGAGGAGCUAUGUUUUAAUUAUGGUGACAUCCUGGGAACAAGGGCGGAUAGAAUCGAAGAGCUAUCAACGGAGAGGGGUUUCGUAUGUCUUUGUGAAGCAUGUAAUGUUAUGGGUGAAAGCAUAGAGGAAACGUUGGCUCAGAGUGAUGAGAGGAGGGCUACCAUUGCUAGGCUAUAUGAUGAAGUCGGCAGUUGUGGGAAGGAGCCGACCUUGGGAUUGCGGAAGAUCAAGAAAGCCCUGCGUCUCCUAAAAGAUGAACAUCUCGUACAUUACGAGGCCUCUUUCUGCUACGAUGCUUUCCAGUUCUGCGCCAUGGUAUCGGACUUCGUCAAUGCAAAGCAAUGGAUUCGCAAAGCUUACGAUGUAUCAGUAUGCACUUCCGGUCCAGAAAGCGAAAGCGCUAGGAUGUUCAGGAUGUAUUUGGCGAACCCGAAAGCACAUCCUCUUGCUGGCAUUUUGUCAAAGGGUGUGCUCUCAGGUCCAGAUUGAUGUGUAUUUGCGGUAUUGUUCUGAUCUAGCAUGUGGAGAGUUUAUUCCCUAGGAUUUUUUCAUCUGACAUUCUUAGAUUACGGGAGUCUUGUACGAAAUAUCAUUCUACAUGCAGUUUAUCAUUUGGUCCUACUUACAUUUACCGGUUAAACAGGCGGAGAGACGAAUUUGAAUAGAUAGCCUUCUCCUCCUGUCUUGCAUACAUAACAUACACAUACGACACUCAGUUUCGAUGAAACGAAUAAGAUCAUCAUCUGUAUCUGA